AGCCUCAAAAAAGUACUCCGAAAUCUCUUUGCGAUAAAUAUUUGUGGAUAAGAAUCUUCAACGCAUGCCACACACACGAAACACACACAAGUAAUCUUCUUCACUAAUCACAUUACAUGCACCACCAUAACUUAACCAUUGGUUCCUAACUAUGCAGAUUCAUCUCUCCCUAGAACCUCCCUUCAACUACUCAACUCAGUUUUGAAUGAGACAUGUUCGUGUGAUGAUGAUUGGAAUAUAGCUAGUCUUGCAGCCAGAAUCUGAUUCUGGCAAGGGUAGAAAGGUGGUUUGUCGAGACUUUCAGAAGCUGCAAUCAAUUCUAUUCAUUGCCAUGGAUAGUGGCCAGAAGGAGCCGAAGCAAUACAAGAACAGUCAAUCAAAAUUAAGCUCUACUCCAGAAGAAACAGGCGAUGAAUCCCGCUGUCAUAUCUGUAUGGAGAGAAACAGUUGUCAAAGAGUUAUUUCAAGAACAAAACUGAUGAACACUUUGAUUGGAAAACGGAAACCGCAAGAAGCCGUGACCGUCUUCAAUAGUUUGGCUGAAGAAGGACAUAGGCCAACUAUUAUAACAUACACGGCAUUCGUGGCUGCGCUAACACGUCUAAAGCGUUUCAAGUCUAUUCCUUCGCUUCUUUCAAAAGUUGAAGAGAACGGAAUGAAGCCAGAUUCUAUACUUUUCAAUGCCAUGAUCAAUGCUUUUUCUGAUUCCGGUAAGGUACAUGAAGCCAUGAAAAUCUUUAGGAAAAUGAAGGAAUACGGAUGCGAACCAACAACUAGUACUUUUAACACUCUCAUUAAAGGAUUUGGAGUCAUUGGAAAGCCUUAUGAAGCCAUGAAAUUGCUAGAGAUGAUGUAUCAGGACGGAAAAGUGAAACCGAACGAGAGAACGUAUAAUAUUCUCAUCCAAGCUUGGUGUACAAAGCAUAACUUGGAAGAGGCGUGGGAUGUUCUGUAUAAAAUGGAGGACUCGGGUCUGCAACCUGACGUUGUCACAUACAACACGCUGGCGAGAGCGUAUGCUCAGAAUGGCGAGACAUUCGAAGCUGAAAGGUUAAUAUUUAAAAUGCAGCAGUAUAAUAACAAAGUGAGGCCUAAUGAACGAACUUGCGGUAUCAUAAUAAACGGUUAUUGUAAGGAAGGUAACAUGGAAGAUGCCUUGAGAUUUUUAUACAAAAUGAAAGCUCUUGGAGUGCAUCCAAAUCCUGUAGUUUUCAACUCUCUUAUCAAAGGAUAUUUAGACAUUACAGACACAAAUGGAGUAGAAGAGGCAUUGACAUUGAUGGAAGAAUUCGGGAUCAAACCGGAUGUAGUGACGUAUAGCACCAUCAUGAAUGCAUGGAGUUCAUCCGGGCUUAUGGACAAUUGCGAAGAGAUAUUCGAUGACAUGAUGAAGGCUGAGAUAGAACCUGACGUCCACGUUUAUAGCAUCCUUGCUAAAGGCUAUGUACGCUCCGGGCAGCCAGGUAAAGCCGAGACUCUACUGACUUCGAUGACCAAAUAUGGUUUACAACCAAAUGUUGUGAUCUUCACUACCAUCAUUAGUGGAUGGUGCGCCGUUGGAAAUAUGGACCGCGCUGUUAGACUUUACGAGAAAAUGCAGGAAAUGGGAAUUCCGUUGAAUUUGAAAGCUUAUGAAACAUUAAUAUGGGGGUAUGGAGAGGCAAAGCAACCUUGGAAAGCAGAAGAGUUACUUGUUACUAUGGAAGAAAGUGGUGUAGCUCCUGAAAUGUCCACUGUCGAGCUGGUUGCUGAUGCUUGGCGUGCUAUCGGUUUCUCCGAAGAAGCUAAUAGAAUUCUUAAUGGUUUAGAAGAAGAAACCGAGUAUGAGGAAAAUUUUGGUAGUGAAAAGAUACCGGGGCAGAACAUGGAGCGGAUUUAUAAGAAACCGAAACUCGGUGCUUCCCAGUCUAAUAAUCUACUGCAAAUGCCUGGUAUAGUAGUAACUCAACCAGAAAGAACCACAAAUACCGGCAACAUAAAAAGCCAAAUGAUAGUUAAAACAUAUGACUCAACGCGGAAUGCUACCGCUUCGAUGGUUUUUGUUCGCGCAAAUUCAUAUAGACCACAGCCAUUGAUUGUAAGUAGGCAUCAAAUUCAUAGUCAGACCAUUAGGCCUUUAUUUGAUUGUUGCAGAUUAGUGUCAAUACAUUGUUGAGAUAACUUUCUGGUUUGGUCAUCUCAUUUGAUCUGUGAUGAAACACAAUGAUUUUGAAUAUAUUAUUUGCUUCCAUGAUAAUGAAACUAAGUAACAAUAUUA